AUGACGUCACGCCUCAUCUGCGCGGAAGAUGUCUGCUGUGAGGACGGUCUCCGGUAACACCGGGAUGAUUGCGCUUUUUCUUCUGUGUGUGAUCGCAGCAGCGAAAAGCGACGAGCAAGGGACUUGCCUGGUCGCCUGGGCGAGCGACGGGUUUGCCUUGUCUCCUGUGAGUGCUCCAUCAGCGGGUCACACUGUGUCUGUGGAGGAGCUGGAGUCACACCUGAACACAGCGCUGAGCACUGCACCGCAUAAUCUGCUGCUCUUCCUGCAGGAUAAAUUGAGUGUCGAUGACUUCACAUUGUAUGGUGGAGUCUUUGGAAACAAACAGGAUAGUGUCUUCCAAAAUCUUGAGGCGGCUCUGCUGUCCUCCUCCUCCUUAUGGUUGCCAUCGGUGUCAUCGUCCGCCACUGCUUUGGUUUCUACACUGCUCCAGAACCAGAUUGAUGCGGCUCCUCUCUACAUGAACCCAGACACGCUUGCUCAACUCCGCCUCAAUGCUUCUGUUGCUGCCUUGCUGGUCUUCCGCCUCCCUUACAGUGGCGGGGCUGAUAUGAUGUCUACUAAAGAAGUGCUCAGCGGAAACGAUGAGGUGAUUGGUCAGGUGCUGAGCAUCAUGAAAGCUCAGUCUGUGCCGUAUACUGCAGUGUUUACUGCACUUUGGCCCUCAAGGGUGAUAGAGGAGGCGUCUCCAGCUGUGCACUCAGUCUGGUCACGAUCCCUACUGCAGUCCCGUCGUGAGGAGCCUACCGCUACGAACCCGCCUUUGGAGUUUAAGGAGAAGGGCUCCACCUGCAUCCUCUUGUGGGCGGAGAAGCUGGUGGUCAGCCAGUAUCGCUCAGGAAAGUGGGAGAGGCAUGACCUUGCCCCCAAUACCUUCGGUGAAGGUGUGGAACCCAGCCUGUCUGGAUCAUCCUGCAAUGAGACGCACUCCCGGUUGGUUUUGAACUACAAAGACAUCCUGAAUUACCAUUCUUUUAAGCUCAUUUUUGUAAUGAACCGCCGUCACUAUAAGGUUUCUGCCCGCCAUUGGUUCACCAUGGAUCUGGUUCAUCUGGAGUAUGAUGGGAAAACUGCCACGUUCAAUGGCAGCCGUUACAUCUAUGCCCCGGCCGAAUACUCGUACCGUUGUGAGUCCGUGAGCAGUUCCCGCUACCCUCAGCUGUCACCCCACUCAGACAAGGACAACGCCAACGACUGGCAGAUCUCUUUACAUGACUUCCAGAUCCAGGGCUUUAAUGUGGCUGGGAAGGAUUUCUCUUAUGCCAGUGACUGUGCUAGUUUCUUCACUCCUGGUAUCUGGAUGGGGCUCGUCACAUCUCUUCUCAUGGUGCUGGUUCUCACUUACGGCCUGCACAUGAUCAUGCAGCUGCGCACCAUGGACCGCUUCGACGACCCCAAGGGUCCUGCCAUCUCUGUUCCCCAGACGGAGUAAAAGACACAAAGCCAGUUUCCUUUCUCGUCCUCACAGCACUAGUGUUUACUUUGGUUAUUGAUUUGAUUAUUAAUUUCUUGUUAUUACAUGUCAUCGGGGUGCUGUUGGAUUUUUUUUUUUGUGAUAAUCAUUCCUUUAAUAUGCUUGUUUAUGGAUGAAUCUCAGGAAUACAUGUCCUGAUCAUAUUAGAACAAAAAAGGAAAUAUAUAUUUUGCAUAAAGAAGGAUAAUUUUUUGGGAUGGUUAAGAUUUGUUUGCAUUGUGGUAUUAUUGCAUUAUGUGGCAUUAUUGUGGCAUUAUUGUGGCAUUACAGUAAUUUAGCUCCCCUAAAUUACUGUAAUACAAAGCUUUUUAACUCAAGCGCAUAUGUUAGAUGCAGUGCAUAAAUACUUUACUAUUUAAAUAACAUUUCAUCUUACAGUGUAAAACUUUAACCUUCUUUUUUAUGCAAAAUAUAAUUUCCUGAGCAUGGCUUUGACAAGUUUUGUGAGAUUCAUUCUUGAGUAUUCUGUGGACUUUUUUUUUUUUUUUUUGAAGCUCCAGAAUAACCUUAUUGUAUUUGCAAACUGAGGCACCAUUUAAUGUGAACUGUACACUUUACAUUAUAAAUUAAUGAUAUAAGGUAAAUAUCUAUUAACAGACAGCUUAAUGUUUUGUGUGCUAUAACUGUAAAUAUGAAAAGAGAUUUUUUUUGCUGUGUAUUAGAUUAAAUAUUAACAUUAAAUAUUAUUUUUUGGUGGUGUGCAUAUAUGUUUGCAUCCAGUUUCUCUUAUUUUUUGGUGGUGUGCAUAUAUGUUUGCGUCCAGUUUCUCUGCUGUUUCCCACAUAGUUCUGUGGUCUGGUGUGUGUCCAUAGAUGUUUCUGUGUAUUGUUGUGAGAACUGACAUGUUUAUUUGACCACAUAAUAUUGAAAUUUCGACUUUGUUUUAAAGGAAAAUAUGUUGUGUGCUGUAUUUAAAUAUUAGAGAAAAAAAAGAGUACCAGAAACAUUCUCAUAUAAUGUUUUCUUUGUGUACUAUUAUUGUAGUGAAUCAUUUGCACAAAUAGCUCUCAUAAAUAAUGUUUUAUGUUGAUGGCACAUGGCUUAUAAAAAGUGAUCUGUUGUCAUGUUUUGGAGAUGCUCUUGAAUGUGUAUAUUGUGCCAGUGUUGAAUAAACUUAAUUGAGACAUAA